AUGGUGCUCCUGAAGUUCCUCUGGCUGGCUUUCUUCUACCAUCUGUGUCAGGGCUACUUCGACGGUCCCCUGUACCCGGAGAUGUCCAAUGGCACUCUGCACCACUACUUCGUGCCCGACGGGGACUACGAGGAGAACGACGACCCCGAGAAGUGCCAGUUACUGUUCAGGGUGAGUGACCGGCGGCGCUGCUCCCAGGGGGAGGGCAGCCAGGCCAGCAGUCUGCUCAGCCUCACCCUGCGGGAGGAGUUCACGGUCCUGGGCCGCCAGGUGGAGGAUGCUGGGCGCGUCCUGGAGGGCAUCAGUAAGAGCAUCUCUUAUGACCUGGACGGGGAAGAGAGCUAUGGCAAGUACCUGAGGCGGGAGUCGCACCAGAUCGGGGAUGCUUACUCCAACUCCGACAAGUCUCUCACGGAGCUGGAAAGCAAGUUCAAGCAGGGCCAGGAGCAGGACAGCCGGCAGGACAGCAAACUCAACGAAGACUUCUUGGGGAUGCUGGUCCACACCAGGUCUUUGCUGAAGGAGACGCUCGACAUCUCCGUGGGUCUGAGAGACAAGUACGAGCUACUGGCCCUGACCAUCCGGAGCCAUGGGACCCGGCUUGGACGGCUGAAAAAUGAUUAUCUGAAAGUUUAGGUGCAAGUCAGAGGCCAGCAAACCAGCCCCCACAGUGGAACUGGAGCGGGAGUGGGACAGAAGAAGGGGCAACGGUUCCCUGAUAAGUAACCUGUUCUCAUAUUCAGAUUUGCAUGGAGAGAAUACUCUGAGGCCAUCUGUAGAAAGUAAGGGUUGCUGAGUCGUUUGGGGGUUUGGUUUGGUGUUGACACAUCGUUUCUAUGAUUUACCUGGACUUAUCACCUGAAAAGAACAAAUGAAAGCGAUGCUCCAAGUCUUCCCUAGCCGGCUUUGUAACUCUGAGACACAUGUUUCAGCUGCACCAACACAGACACACACAGUGGGGACUGAUAAGGUGACAUGUGGAAGUGUCCCCAAAGCGAAGUGCAUCCUGCCUUGGCCUCUCAGUCUUCUCUCCCGGGCCCUGAAAGCUGUCGAAGCUGCCUGUUUGUCAGAUGAACUCUCAGGGGCAGCUCUGCAUGCCUGCCAAAAGAUGGAAGUUACCUUGUUGUUCUCCUUUUCUCUUAUUUAUUAAUCAAGGUCUCCAAGGUUUUGUUUUUAAGCAUUUUGUUUCGGGUAAAGAGUAUUGUCUAAAAACCAUGUGCAAAAUCAUCCAUUGCAGGGAGAUGUCUGAGGGGCUUCUGUGGAUGUGUGUCAGUUCUUGUAGCCACAUGUAAGAGCUCAGCUUUGUGGCAACCACAGACUCCAGUUUGUAUGCUCAUUUGCAAUGUCUCUAAUUGUAUGUCUAUGUCAUCAAUCUGUAGUCCUCUGGAAAAAAAAAAAGUAGAUUGUUUUACACUACUCUAACAUGCCUAUGAUUUAGGUUGCAAUGUAUUCUUUCUAGUUGGGGUUUUUGUUUCUGUCUGUCUGCAUUUGUAAAUUGUACUUCAAGUAGAGGGGAAAUUCUAACUCUAUUAACUUCUUCAAUUAAGGUUUAUUACUCAGCCAAUAAAUACGUUCUUCUAUAAUACUGGCUUAUUUUCUAAUUUAUGUAACUUGUAACUUUUCAAGUGAAAAGAGGGUCUAAUGUAAAAAGAAAGAGAAGAAUGGGAUUCAAGCCAGUUUACUUAGCACAUAUGAUUUUAAAGAGUAGAGGGAUGGCCACAUAUUUGGCAAUUCUUUUUGCUCUAGCCACACAUACCACUCUGAAAAAAACAAAAUAAGCUAGUCUGGAUCUGAAUUUGAUCUCUGCAAGUCUGCCUAAAAGCUCCAAUUUUCUCCAGUUUUUCUCAGACUCACCGAAAAAAAUAUGACAAGGCUCAUACCUUGUAUGCCCUUCUAUUGCAGAGAGAUGCUUCCACUCUAAAUUACAGAAAGUCAUAGAAACUUUAUUAGAGAAAUCAUAGUCACUAUGUUUUUAUAUGGUACCUUAUGAAUAAUCUUACUUUGUAUAAUUAAAAUUGUACAUUUUAUAAUGUUCAAACUACAAAGGCGUUUAAUAAUUUUAAAGCCAGGUUGAUAUUAUUGAAUGAAAGCUUUCAAGAGAUGGAAGUGUCCUUGAUUUCAGGUGUUCCUCCAUAGAGCAGUCACUCUCACCUCAACUUAAAUCUUACUUCCUCCACACAUAAAUGCAUAUACAUGUCAUUGUGAACGAACAAUGUUCACAAUGCUCUACUGAAAAGUAAUUCAUCUUUUAAUCUCACACAUAUGAGGAAACAAGUAUUCUCCGCGUAUAAAGUAUCCCAUUCAUUCUAUUCCAGUAGGGGGAACUGAGGCCCAGAAAUUUCCUGACUUAUUCUGAGCUCAUUUUAACAGCCUCAAGACUUACAUGUGGAAUUUUACUAAGCUGUUUAUUUUAAGGAUGCUGAGAAGGGAAAAGGAGUGGCCAGAAACUUGAAGGUUUGCGUAACUAUUCAAACCAUUAAAAAUUUUAAAAGGACAGCUUCUAAAAUAAAAAUUAGAAUCAUUAUUUCUAAUUUCUUUUUAUGAAGGUAAAUGACAUUGAAAAAUGUUUCCCUUGCUCUAUAAAAGAUAAGGAAAUAAACUAUGGCCAUACCCAAGUUCAAAUGAUAGUUGAUGCUUAAAUUUCUGUCACCACAACUCUUUAUCUCUCAAAACUGUUAUGUCAUUCACUUCACAGUCCACAGGUCUAAUCCAUAGUCAUGACAAACGCCAUCUUAAUUUUCCCAACAGUCACAAGAGGACUAUAGAUGAGAGACAUGGAUGGGAAACUGGUAUACUAGUGCACGCUAAUUUCAAUCAAUUGGGAAUGGCUGCAUAUUGUGUUUUAAAGGACUUAAAAGACAAACAUAGAUGUUAAGCGCUGUCCUCAAUUAGAGAUGUGUACCAUGGUGCAGGAAAGGGAGUGGAGAUGCAUCUGCUACAAAUUUGAAAUCCCUGAAAUAGAUUAUGCACAAGGUUCUUUCCAGUGCUAACAUUCUCUGAUUCCUGCAAAACCAGAACAAAAUUAAUUUGACAUUGAAUCAUCCAGGAGGUCUAAUGGUAGAGUCAAGUCAAACCACAGAGUCUCAUGUGAACAGCCUGAGAGACCAAAUAAGAAUUUCCAGGUGGAAAUAGGAACCCUCUUAGAUUUCAACCUAGGGACCAGCAUAAGGCUUUCUCAAAUUCCUUUUUUUAUAGAGCCAGCUCAUUUAGUUCUUCCCUUCCCUUUCUUGCUAUUCUUAUUAGGAUUUAAUUACUCACAGGGAGGCAUUCCCUUUUAAGAGAAUAGUUCUAUAAUGUUUAAACCCUGAUAUAUGUUAAGAAUCUAAAGAAUACUACAUACUUUUCCACACCCCUCUGAGAAGUCUACUUGUAUCCAUACCAUUUAGGAUAUCACUUAGUUUUUCUGAUUUUUGCCAAUUACGGACAAUCCUGGAAUUUUACAAAGCCUUGAGACUCCAUCUCUGAACCAAAAGUUCUGAAAUCUUUUUAGAGUUAAUUUGUUAUAGGAGGCACUUAUAUUAACAGCACAAUGAUUCUAUUAAUGAAUAAUAAUUGUUUCAAUAACCAUAACAGAGCUGAUUGUUAUGAGAACCCAUUAUUAUUGGUCAGAGGUUUUACUAAGAAACUUACCUGAGCUAUUUCCCUUAAUUCUAACAACACAUUCCAAAGAAAAUUUUUUUAUAGAAAGAACUAAUGUAGAAGAAGUGCUUUGAAAUAGUACCCAUUACCUUCAACGAAUGUCAAUUAUUGUUACUGUUAUAUUAUCAUUAUUUUUAUAAAAAUGAGACUCAAAGAGGUUCGAUAAUUUGUGCACAGUUAAAACUUGUAAUGUCUUAUGUACU